UUUAUUUUUGAUAUUUCCUUUUUAGCUGCACUUCCUAAGAUCAUUAAAGGUGUGGGACCCCUUACCGUGCAAAACAAUGGACCCAAAUUGAGAUUUCCAGUUUAAAAGAGUUGUCUUUUUGGUUAAAGAACAAGCUUUGCUGAAAUAUAUUUCAUGCUGCAGCCUCUCAGUUUGUCAUUUUUAACAUUCAGCACAGACGGGGAAAUAAUCUGCAUUUGCAGCGAGCGUCAGAUAAAACAACUGAUUUAAAUGUCUGUGAAAGAAAUAAGUAUUUAAAUAAUUCAGAGAGGGCAUAAUUAAGUGUUUAAUGCCAAGUUGUAGUUCAAAGGCACAACAAAGAAAAUUUGAAUUCAAAUUAGAAAAUGGAAAGGAGAUGCAGAUCCUUUCGGAGAUGAGAACUUUGUGUUGAGUCACUUGAUUUUUUUUUUUCCCUGCAUCAAACAGUCAUGCAGAGCUCUUGGAGAUCUCCAGAGAUAACAAUGUCACAUUGUCACACAGAGUUCUGCUACAAAUCCUUAAUUACAAAAAGAGGAUCAGAUGACUACAGCAUCCAAUCCUGGGGUCUCCAGGCGGCAUGGGGGUCUUUGAUCAAGAAAAUCCAAUUAUUUGUGUAUAUACAUUUCCCACAUAGUGAUUACUUCAUUAAUUGUCCCGCCUUUAUCUCCUCCCCUCCCAACCCCCCUAAUAAUCAGCUCUUUUAUCCAGACCAACAAACACACCAUAGGAGCUUUGUGGAUUCAAAGGAUUUGCUUUCCCCUCUCAAAGAGCCGCUAUUCUUUGAUGAUUGGGCAGCGGCAAACUUCAAAGUAAUAAAUCUUAUUUCUGACUGGCUGGCGGCCCACCAAAGUCCUUAUCAAAUUCUAAGAAGUGAUCCCUCACUCUCCAGAUACACCAAGGAUAUUUGGGAGAGAGGAGGAAACGCGGGAGGCUGGAGACCUGCUGGAAAAGGCUGUUGGAUGCACAGAUCGGGCGAAAAUUAGCGCGUUUGUUUGGUAGUUUCUGUGCACGCGGAGGAGGGCGCGCGCCAUGGCAGCGGUGGCUGUUCUGCGGAAUGAAACACUGCAAGCUUUUCUACAGGAUCGCACCCCAAACUCCUCUCCAGAGAACUGUAAGCACUCCCCGCUGGCUCUCCUGGCUGCCACUUGUAACCGGAUCGGGCACCACCACGGAUCCAACCCCACGGAGUUCCUCCAGGUGCCCUACGACCCCACUCUGGGUUCCCCUUCGCGGCUGUUUCACCCGUGGACUAACGAGGGCAACCCUCCGAGCAGCUCCACUUUCGGACUAUCCUCCAAGCCGCAGCUGUCUGCGCACAUCCAGAGCUCCUUCAGCUCCCCCCACGAACUGCCCCUGACCCCUCCGGCGGACCCCUCGUACCCCUAUGACUUCUCCCCCGUGAAGAUGUUACCUUGCUCCAUGCAGUCUCUGCAGUCCACCUGCCCCCCCACCUACGUCCCCGCGGUCAGUUACGCGGCUCCCACUCCCAUCCCGCCGGCGAUGCCCAGUUUUGUGACGGGACCCUCCGGCCUCGUCCACCAACAGCAGAGACAGUUGUCCCCCAACCCCGGGGAGGACAUCCCGUGGUGGAGCCUGCAGCAGGGCAACCACGUCAGCCAUACGUCCUCCCUCGCCCCGCACCGCUUCCAGCUCCAGAGGGGUUUGGUUCUGGGACAUACGGACUUUGCGCAAUACCAGACGCAGAUCGCCGCGCUGCUGCACACCAAGUCCCCCCUCGCGACCGCGCGCCGCUGCAGGAGGUGCAGGUGUCCCAACUGUCAGUCCUCCACGUCCAGCGACGAGCCCGGCAAGAAGAAGCAGCACAUCUGUCACAUCCCCGGAUGCGGGAAAGUUUACGGGAAGACGUCUCACCUGAAGGCGCACCUGCGCUGGCACUCGGGCGAGCGGCCGUUUGUCUGCAACUGGCUCUUCUGUGGCAAGAGCUUCACCAGGUCGGACGAGCUGCAGAGACACCUGAGGACUCACACUGGGGAGAAGCGCUUUGUGUGCCCGGACUGCUGCAAGAGGUUCAUGAGGAGUGACCACCUGGCCAAACACGUCAAAACGCACCAGAAUAAAAGGAGCAAGUGUCAGGAAAAGACGCUGGACCACGUCAAACGAGAGGACACGAGGAGUAUGCUGUAGCAUCCCAUCCACACGCAGGGCUGUUUCCACACGUCCACGUGGACUGUGUCUGGUGGAUCAUCAGACUUUCCAACACAAAAAAAUCCACUUUUUUUGUAAAUACAUAAAUAUUAAAAAAAAAAGUUUCAUAAAUUAAUUUGGGCCCAUAAAAAAACUCAUAAGUUUGAAUUCAAUGUCUACAUGAAAUCAAGGAAGACAAGUUUUCAACUUGUGUUUUGAUCAUUGUCUUCGGUGGAAGAUCUCGCUCCCUUGUACGAUUCUAUUUAAUAGCUUUUGUUGAAUGAAAGUGUCUGUUCUUUGCUCCAUAUGGGGUGUUUUUAAGCAUGCUCUUGAAAAGAUCUGCUGUUGUUGACAUGACCCAAAUACUGUGUGAGAAUAAAAGUUAUAACAUUUCUUCUCUCCUCUCAGAAGAUUUCAUUCCAGCAGCUCUGUGGAUGAGGCAGCAAAAAGAGGGAAAACCACUGUGAAAUCAAUACUAAUACUACAAAAUUACAAGCGGUAACAUUUUUAAGAAAAACUGAAGAGAAGCCUGCUUUAUUACCAAUUUAGGGGUAAAAACUUGAUGUUUUUGGUGAGAAAAUAGGAAAAAAAAGUUUUUGUUUCUUACAAAAAUGUUUUUUUUUAACUAAAAAAAUUCUGCUUUUUUUUCAUAUUGUCCAUAUUCUCUAGUAAGACACAAAGCUAUAGACGCUCAUACGCCUUCUGCUAGAUAAGUAAGAAAUGUUAAUAUAUUUGGAAAUUUUCAAAAAAUCUCCUUAGUUUCCUCUUUAGUAGCAAACUUUAAAAUGUUAAAAAAACACGUCAAACCUGUGCACUCCUUAAAAAAAUGUCCAAAAUGAUUCCUUGUAUUCACUGGAAGCCUUCCGUUAUUGUACAGAAAACAAUAUUGUGGUAUUUCUUAUGUUUGCCUCUAACUUAAAACUAACUUAUGUACUCAACUUUAACGCUGAUGUGCUUCAGUUUGCUAUGUAAAAAGGUAUUUAUCUGUUUUUCCAGGGACAAAUGUCAUGUUAAUAGUAUUUUGUAAGCUUUAUAACAUAGAAAAAAAAUAAUUUCACUUGACUGACCCACUUAAUUUCAGUGUUUUCC